AUGAGCAACGAACCUCCAGUCAAGCAGUCCGUCAUGGGCGUUCCUCCUUUCGUUAUCGACUUCUUGAUGGGUGGUGUAUCCGCCGCCGUCUCAAAGACUGCCGCAGCUCCCAUUGAGCGUGUCAAGCUGUUGAUCCAAAAUCAGGAAGAGAUGUUGAAGUCUGGCCGUCUGGACCGGAAGUUCGAGGGUAUUGGAGACUGCUUCAAGAGAACCAUUGCCAACGAGGGUGUUGUUUCGCUGUGGCGUGGUAACACCGCCAACGUUAUCCGAUACUUCCCUACCCAAGCCCUGAACUUUGCGUUCCGUGACACCUACAAGUCCAUGUUCGCUUUCAAGAAGGAGCGUGAUGGAUACGCCAAGUGGAUGGCCGGUAACUUGGCAUCCGGUGGUGCUGCCGGUGCUACUUCCCUCCUGUUCGUCUACUCCCUCGACUACGCCCGUACCCGUCUCGCCAACGACGCCAAGGGAAAGACUGGUGGUGACCGUCAAUUCAACGGCCUGUUAGAUGUCUACAAGAAGACUCUUGCCACCGAUGGUAUCGCCGGUCUUUACCGUGGUUUCGGUCCUUCCGUUCUUGGUAUAGUCGUUUACCGUGGUCUGUACUUCGGUCUUUACGAUUCCAUCAAGCCCGUUCUCCUGGUUGGUCCUCUUGAGGGCAACUUCCUUGCCUCCUUCGCUCUCGGAUGGGGUGUCACCACCGGUGCCGGUAUUGCCUCAUACCCUCUCGAUACCGUCCGUCGUCGUAUGAUGAUGACGUCUGGUGAGGCCGUCAAGUACAAGUCUUCCCUCGAUGCUGCCCGCCAGAUCAUCGCCAAGGAGGGUGUCAAGUCUCUCUUCAAGGGUGCUGGAGCCAACAUUCUCCGUGGUGUCGCCGGUGCCGGUGUCCUGUCCAUCUACGAUCAAAUGCAGGUCCUUAUGUUCGGAAAGGCCUUCAAGUAG